AUGCUUGAAGUACGAGAAUCUGGCACAUCAGCUGUUUUAUUUUUUUAUUUUUUUAGUCUGCCCGAAACACCAAUUUGAGUGGCCGUGUUUCUCGUCGGGGGAAAACUUCCUUUAUUUACCGUUGCCAUAGAUUACCUGCCCGCCGUGUAAGGCAAUGAUGGUGGAAGGUCUUGGUGGUCGUGGUUGGCCGCUGGGUGAAAUUGGCUUGCCGAAUUCACAGAUGAUAAUGUUAAUGAAUGCUGACUUCAACACUACAGAGGAUGUGAAAGACAUGAAACCUUCAGAGCUGAGCCAAGCCACAGGUUUAAGUUUGAAGGCGAGUGUGGAAGUGUUAAGGCUGGCAGCCAACAAACAGCAGCCCAACCCAGUUGAUAUGCUGCAGAUGUUCCAGGAAGGGAGUGAGUUUCCACAAAUAGUGACCUUCUGUAGGGCUCUCGACACCCUGCUAGGAGGAGGCCUACCACUACAAGCUGUCACGGAGUUGUCUGGCACGCCGGGUGUGGGGAAAACACAGUUGUGCAUACAAGCUUGUGUAUCAGUGCAGCUCCCUCAAAGUGUUGGUGGCGUGGGUGGGGAAGCAGUUUAUGUGGACACCCGAGGGAGUUUCACUGUCAAAAGACUCAAAGAUAUGGCAUCCUAUGCAGUUCGUCACGUCCAGACAAUAAGCGGAGAGGACGAAGAUGUUUCUGAGUUUUCUGUAGAAUCAGUAUUGAGGGGAACACAUUACUUCAGAUGCCAGAAUUGCAUUGAAAUGUUGGCAGUAAUUAAGAGCCUUCCAAAACUCAUAGAGGCGCACCCCAAAAUCCAGCUCCUCGUCAUUGAUUCCAUAUCCUUCCAUUUCCGUAAUGACUUUCCUGACGUAAGAGAACGCGCCAAGCUGACGCGCAUCGUGACCAAGGAACUCAUCCAGCCGGCGGUGAAACGCAAGAUGGCGGUCAUAGUUACCAAUCACAUGACAACUCACGUGAAGGGCAAAGGUUCCGCCAAGCUGUCUCCUGCACUUGGGAAUGCAUGGGGCCACUGUCCCACCGUCCGCCUCAACUUCCUGUGGUCUGGGGAAACUCGGGUGGCCACUCUUACCAAGGCACCGCAGUGCCUGAACUCUUCAGCUUAUUUUCACGUGUCAGUUGGUGGGCUGCGAGAUGUGUGUGACGACCAAACCAGCACCUCAAGGAAUGGAAAUAAUGUGCCAGCAGCCAAGAAGAGGAAGUUUGCAGAUACAAAGAAGGGACCCUAAACACUUCCCCAGCUGUGGGAAGGAUACCAUUUAUCCAGCUGUGUUAGGUUAGCCUUGUGGAGAUGAAUAUUAAUUUAUAGUUGUAGAUUUUAUUUUGAGUUCUACAUACAUAAAUACAAGAUGCUCAAACUUCACAACUUCAGAAUUAUAUUAUUUCAGAGUCUUAUGAUCUGAAUGAUCUGAAGUAACCAGUGUGUUUUAUGUACAAGAGAAUAAGGGGUAGGAAUGACAAAGGGCA